GCGCGGAGCCCCGUUUGCAGGAGCAGAAAAAGGAGGACAGCACCAGAAGGGUCCACCGGGAGAGGAGAAGCCAUGUACAGGAAAAAGAUGAGAGGCAUGUAUAUAUCUAAGAAGGCAUUAAAAAACCAGUUUGAUCCUUUUAAGUUUCCACGGGAGACAUAUCUGCUAUGCAAACUGCGAUGGGGUGAGAGCGACCGCUCUUGGAUACACUGGGUCAAAAAUUAUCGUGACGAUUAUUAUCAUGCUGAAGUCUACUUUCUGGAGAAAAUCUUUAGAAUGAAACCAUACACUAAUGUCAAAUGUUCCAUCACCUGGUACCUGUCCUGGAGCCCCUGUGUGAACUGCUGUUAUGAAAUACUGGAUUUCUUAGAGAGGCACGAGAAUGUGAACAUAGACAUUCAUGUAGCACGGCUUUAUUUCAAAGACUCAGAAAGAACCCGCAGAGGUCUGAAGAAACUUGCGAGGUCGGCGCAAGUAAACAUUAAUGUCAUGAACAUGGAAGACUAUAAGGACUGUUCGAAAAACUUUAUCCAAGGAGGUGCUGAUGAUGAUUUCUGGACUGUGAACUUUGAGUCAGAGAUAACAAAGAAUUGUUCGAAACUCUGGCGCAUCUUAGAGACCUCCUCAAAGGCAGGAGACAGAAGAGAGAGUGUCUUCAAUAACAGUGCUGAAAUCUUUUGCUGCCAGGAAUUUGCUUUCAGCUUCAGCCAGUGGGGUAGUGCAAAUAAGCAUAAGAAAAAGUCACCACAAGGAAACAUUCAACUGACUAACAUUAGAGACGCCCAAAGUUCAGCAUUCGGGAAUAGAAACCGAAACAAACGUAAGGCUAAUAAAGGCACAUCCAAUGGCCAAGAGGUGACACACAAAACCAGAAACAUCCAUGGCUGCUGUCGGUGGCAGAGGUGGAAGAUACAGCCAAAAGACUUCAAAAGAAAUUAUUUGCCUGGCCAACAUCCACAGGUGGUGUACCUGCUCUAUGAAAUCAGGUGGAGAAAUGGUUCCAUCUGGAGGAACUGGUUCUCAAACAAUCGUAACCAACAUGCUGAAGUCAACUUCUUGGAAAAUUGCUUCAGUGGUGUGCCACCAGCUCCUUGUUCCAUCACCUGGUUCCUUUCAACUAGUCCCUGUGGAGAAUGCUCCAGGAGAAUUCUGGAGUUCCUGAGGACACAUCGUAAUGUGACCUUGGAAAUAUACGCAGCCAAGCUGUUCAGGCACCAGGAUAUGCGCAACCGGCAAGGUCUCUGCAACCUGGUGAUGAAUGGAGUCUCUAUACGUAUCAUGAAUCUUGCAGAUUACAGUUACUGCUGGAAAAGAUUUGUUGCAUACCAACAUGGAGAAGAUGAUUAUUGGCCCCAGAACUUCACUGCAUACAUCUUUCUGAACUGGAGAGAGCUUGGUCAUAUCUUUUUGGGUCUUCCUCCAUUGCUGCCAUACUGAAUACUAAUAAGCAUCACCACCAUGCUUUCAAGCUUGUUUUGUGCAUCAAUAACAGACCAGAAAAGCCACUGCCCAGCAAUCAUUUCUGCUGCAGCCUUGAUGAGUUUCAUCCUGCCACCAGAGAAGGCUCUUAUCGCUGUCUGGAUAUUGUUAAGUAUUGGACGGAGCAGAAGGAGCACAUGAGAAGCCAUCAGGAAGUUCAGAUGACACAGCCAGGCAUCCAGGGCACAGUUCUCUGGGUCUUUAUAAGACUUCCUGAAAGUCCAGUGGGGAUGGAGACCAUGCCCCGUAAUCAGAUAUUUCACAUAUGCUGAUUCUGCAGUCAGAUUCUGCCAGAACCCUCUUGAGACGCCAGCAAGCAACAUUUUUCAUGAAUACGUGUUUGUGUGGUUCUGCAAAUACUUCAGGCUAUUACAGUAUUUAUGCAAUUCUGUAAUAAUAUCUCACUUUAAGUUUUUAUUCUCCCUACAUU